UUUAUUUCUUAACGCCUUUUUCAAAUUACACUGGUAAUAAACAAGGUUGGCAUCACGCUUGUUAAAAUCUAAUAUCAAUUUAUUAAUUUAAAUUUGAAAAGAACAUCAAACGGCUAAAUAUUUUCUUAUCUUAUUUAGAUAAGACCGACCCCGAUCAUAUAAAUAAUUUAGAAACAAUAGUUUGUGAAUGUUAGUUUUAAAAUAUUAAAAAAGUCAGUUUAAGCGGGUGAAAAAAACGCGCGUUGGAAAUGUUUCAAUAACUUCAAAACAUUCAAAAAAUUGUAUUUAUGUGACGUGCUGGUUUAGUUAUUGUGAAAAAUCAAUACAUCAUUGUUCUUUUCUGUAUGUGAGUACUUAAGACUGUGUAGGAAGUUUGUUAAACAAAAGUACUUUGUUAACGCUAGCUCACGCGCACAGGAUACUACAAUUGGCAGGGGAGGUCUGCAUCACCUAACACAAAGCGUCUGUUUUUUACCGUUCUACAAACUAAACGCAGGCAAUUUUGCAUUAUUAACUGAAGGCAAAAGCUAUAACUCCUUCCAAACAGUGUUCACCCACGACUACAACUGUAAACAUUGGACGUAUCCUCAAACUUUAUACGGCGAAAAAAGGAAUUAAUUUGCGUACAUAGCACAAAUUACACAACUGCAAAGCUUGCCGAGUUGAGGUUAAACAAAAUGAGCGCAAUCACUCAGGAAUUUUGCGUACGCUGGAACAGCCAUCUUGGUAGUAUUGGCGCUGCUUUUCCACAGCUACUAGCCGGUCAGAGAUUUGUGGAUGUAACACUGGCCUGUGAAGGUCACCAGUUGCAUUGUCAUCGUCUAGUGCUGGCCGCAUGCUCUACAUACUUUGAAGCCAUAUUGGCGGAAAAUCCCUGUAAGCAUCCCGUUAUAAUUUUACCAGGAGAGAUCAAGCUCUGGGAGAUUCAGGCGCUUGUAGAUUUUAUGUAUAAGGGAGAGGUGAAUGUCACGCAGGCCGGUCUGGGCCAGUUGCUUCGAUGUGCCGAACAGCUUCGAAUACGCGGUCUAUACGGGUCAGAGGCGGCAAUAAACUACAAUCAACUUCAACAGAUGAGAAACGAAGCUGUCAAGGAUGUAGCCCCAGUCAUCAGGAGACUUAACAAUAUAGACGUGAUUGAAAAGGAAGAUGUAGCUACAAACUUAACCGCAUCAAUAUCUACUACGACCACGCCAGCACAGACUCCCCUAGAGCACCAUCAACAACAAAAACUAGUACUGCAGCAAAUGGAACAGCAUCAGCGUCAGCAGGAAAAUGGUAGUAAUAUCCUGCACCUACAGAGACCACAUCAGAAGCAACCACAACAGCUUUUAAACACCGCCUCCUCAGCAACCGCUUCCAACAACUCAAAUGUACCGACUGAAGACGAAUCCGCGGAUGAUGCCUCUAAUAACUGGAACUCAUAUAAUGAUCAUUGCGAUGACUUUAGAGUAUCCGCAACAGCUGAAAAAAAUAAAACACAGAUGUUGCUCCUCCAGACAAGGUCCCAGCAGCACCGAAAGCAUCAGCCACAUAAUUUGGACUCCACCAUCGAAGACGAUCACAACUAUGUAGCUGCUCACGAUGAUGACAAUGAAAGCAGCGUAGCCCGUAUUGCAAGCAGUGGGAGUGGCCUUCCCCAAAUUUUCGACGCAGAUACUCCUGGCAACAUAUCGGUAGGCCUCAUGCAUAGCUCAAUCGAUAGUUACACCUCAUAUAAGCGUGUUCGACGUUCGGAGGCCUCUUUAGCACAAGCGGCUAAAUGCGUUUCAAAGGGCGAGACAUUCCAAACAGUCAGCAAUAUGUUCAAUAUACCUGUCUCAACCAUUCGUUUCUAUAUGGCACGAAAAGGCAUUCUUCCGAAGCGAAAACGCGGACGUGGAGCCUCUCAUGCGGGAAAUUUAUUUACAACAGCGAACGCAGGUACGCUUUUGACUCCAAAUUCUGGCACAGCUCAUCACCUGUCUCAAAAUACACCUCUAGAUACCGUACUAAAGAGCGGCAAUAAAAACGCAAGCGGAAGCAAUAGUCCAGCGGCGGUAACGGCAUCUUCUAAUUUACCGUCCCUAGAAAUUGGCACAACAGCGGCUGGUGUGCCUUUCCAUAUCCUUAGCGAUGCGUCGACUUUCGCACUGAGCGAGCAGCACCAAUUACAUAUGAUCUAACCAUGCUGCUUACCUUUGUUUAGCCUGACAUUAAUGCAUAUUUGAAUUGAAAAUGAGGUUUUGUAAACGCUUUGUUUUGUGCUAUAUGUCAGGUUGAUGGUAUGGAAAACAUAAGAUUUGUAUGAAUGCUGAUAAAGAAAACGAAUGCCUAUGAGUUUUUUUUUGGCUUCUUAUAUUUCUCAUACAACAAAACGCACGCCAUGUUAAAGAUAGCCAUGUGGUAAACACAGCAAAAUUUCAACCAAGAACAUCAAUUUAAAUACAAUAUAAAUUAUUGUAUGUGUUUAAAAAACAACAUACGCUAAUCGUAUUAUACAUUGCUAUCAAGGCUUUCCAGCUGCUUCCUGAAUUUAAAUGUUUUAGUGUUAGCAUUCAGUUUCGCUUUGGUUAAUAUUUAAAAAUCUCGUUAUGCAUAAUCGAAGUGAAUAAUAAUAAAGACUUAUUUUUUAGUUAGUGCAUUUACAAUGACGACUACUUCUUGAAUUUUCAUAUUAUAUGCAAUCAUCUUCUAUUGUCUACUGUUAUUCAUUUUAUGUCUGUCUUCGUUUCAUAACUUGAUUAUACCACACUCAUGAGUUAACUGAUGAUAUGUAUGUAAAUGGUUAUACUCAUAAUUCUUACCAUUUCAUGAAUAAAUUAUAAAUUAUCAAGCUCAUGAGAAAAACAGCGAGCAAACUAAAUACUUUAAUGGUAUUUACAAGAGUAUUUACAAACACAAAAAACUUCAUUUAUAUAAGUUAUUUUGUUAAUCUUAAAUUCGGAAAAUUAAAUUAGUUACAAAUUAAUCUAAAAUGUAAUUAUGUAAAUGUGUUAUGUAUAACUUUAUAAAACACUAUAAUCUAGUUGAGCGCUCAUCAGGUAUAGUUUUUGGUUUUUAAAAAAGUUGAAAUAAAUAAAUUCGGGUUUUUUGUAAAAUA